AUGUUAGAUGAACUAUAUAAAGCAGAACGUGGAGAGAUGGAAAAGAAACUUCAAGCAAAAGAUGAAGUCAUUGAAUCCAAAGACAAAAGCAUACAGAAAAGAAUACCGCGUUCAGUACCAAAAGGAAAGGAAAAGAGUUAUAAGUAUAUGAUAUAUACUGAAGAGUUGGAGAAAGAAGAAGACAGAGAUAUGGUUAUGUUGCAUUUAGUGAGAAGAAACAACAAGAGUUUUUAUGACUUAGCUAAGAUAUAUAAAUCUGACAGAAACUGGUUCUAUCGUGAAAACUUACCGAUUUCAAUGACACCGAAUGAGCAAAUAAAGGAAAUUGUCAAAAAUACUCUUCCUCAAACACACUAUGACAUCAAAGGUUGCACAAUACUUACAUUCAAAGAAGACUUAACAUUACUGAAGGAAAAAAUAACAGAAUAUUUCGAUAACUUCAAAGAGGAAGAAUAA